ACCGGCCACAGUCACUGUACUCCUUUCCCAUCUCGCUCUCAGGACUGAACGCAGCUGCAGGUGGAAGACCACCACAGAGGGGGAGCUUUCGGCCGCAGCCUGAUAACACUGAGGGUCUGGCAGUGGCCCCCAUGGGGUCUGUGAACUCCCGAGGUCACAAGGCGGAAGCCCGGGUGGUGAUGAUAGGCCUGGACUCGGCCGGCAAGACCAUGCUCCUGUACAAACUGAAGGGCCACCAGCUGGUGGAGACCCUGCCCACCGUGGGUUUCAACGUGGAGCCUCUCGAAGCCCCUGGGCAUGUGUCUCUGACCCUCUGGGAUGUCGGGGGGCAGAGCCAGCUCAGGGCCAGCUGGAAGGACUACCUGGAGGGCACGGACGUCCUCAUAUACGUGCUGGACAGCACAGAUGAAGCCCGCUUGCCCGAGGCAGUGGCUGAGCUCACCGAGGCCCUGGGCGACCCCCACCUGGCCAGCGUGCCCUUCCUGGUGCUGGCCAACAAGCAGGAGGCACCCCACGCCCUGCCGCUGCCUGAGAUCAGAGACAGGCUGGGCUUGGACAGGUUCCAGGGGCACUGCUGGGAGCUGCAGGGCUGCAGCGCCCUCACCGGAGAGGGGCUGCCCGAGGCCCUGGAGAGCUUGAGGCGCCUCGUGAAAUCCCGCAACCACUGUAACUCCAGGUUAGCACAGGGGGCAGGCUGUGGGGAGAGCCAGAGGCCUUGACUGGGCAGAGCAGCCUGUCUUCUUCGCUCAUGUGGAUCGGAAGACCAGCUAAUCCUGGAGAAUCUCAAAUUCAGUUUCUCAAACAAGGAAUCCCCCUGCGCUCAGACAGCAUAUUUUCCUUUUGGGACUUAUUGUCACCGGUGUUUGUGUUGAAAAUCAACUAUUCAUGGAAUAAUGAUACUCUGAGGGAAAAAACAAACCUCAGCAUACUUCGCUUAGUAACUCAUUACCACGUGUGAACUAAGCAAUUGUAGUAACAGAAAAAGUGGUUGCAGAAUAAUUAAGACCUAAAUUCAAAGAGGGAAAGAGGUUUCAAAAUCAAAGCAGAAUAUCACCUGGGGGCUUCCCUGGUGGCGCAGUUGUUGAGAGUCCGCCUGACGAUGCAGGGGACACGGGUUCGUGCCCCGGUCUGGGAAGAUCCCACAUGCCGCGGAGCGGCUGGGCCCGUGAGCCACGGCCGCUGAGCCUGCGCGUCCGGAGCCUGUGCUCCGCAAUGGGAGAGGCCACAACAGUGAGAGGCCUGCGUACCGCAAAAAAAAAAAAAAAAAAAAAAAAAGAAUAUCACCUGGACAUGGGCAUGAUCUUAUGAGUGAUUUUUCCCGGUAGCCCCUGGGUAUGUGCCACCAUCACUCUGAGGGCAAGGAGUCAGGGCCAGCAGGAUGGAGUCUGCUUCUGCAGGAUUUUGGGUUUAGAAGUUCAAUGGGGCGCUCAGCCCUGGGCAGAGGCCAGGAGUUCAGGCCUUCCAAAAUUGAUCCUCUUCUUUGACCCUGAUUAACCCUUCUCCAACUUUUUGUUACCCUGUACUGGUCUUUCUCUGAAACCCUUCAUUGUUUUCUUUCUGUUUUCCUGCUCUUUCUCUCUCCUUCAAGCACACAGGUUUCCUUGAAGAUCAGAUAAAUCAAUGAUUUCAUUCAUUUAUUUAUUCACUUUAUCAAAAAAUAUGCCGAGUAUUGAAUCUGUGGCAAAAGGCAAUGAGCUUUAGAUACGAAGCUGGACCUCCAGAUGGCAGGUGUGAAUUUUGAAGAUAUGUAUAACAGCAAUGAACCUCUCACUAUAAAUAGUGAGAGAGAAAACCGAAGCGUUUUCAGCUGACGUUACCUAAGAUCCAUGAAGCUCCUGAAACUAUUUGCAAAAUGUUAUGCUUUGGGCCAUUUUUCUAGGGAAGAAGAUCCAUAACUUCUGCCAGACUUUCAAAGGUACCUGUGACUCCCUAAGAUAAGAAUCACUGAUCUGGUCUUAUACCUCAUUCAACCCAGGAAUACUUUCUAUACUUUUUAAUGGCAAGUAACUUCCAUUUGGUACCUAUUCUCGUGUUAAACAACUCUAAGUUUUGGAUAUUCCUUCCUAUCCUGGGCUACCAUCAGCCUCCUUAGGACUCCUGAUGGUGGUUCUGCCCUCUCUGGAGUGACACAAUCACUCCAACAUCUGAGCGGUCCCUCUACCCAAAGUCUCCCCUUCUAACAUCAAGUUAGGUGUGCCUACUUCUUUCCACCACGUGUCAAUCAACGUGUUUCAAGACUUCCUAUGUUUGGGCUUCCCUGGUGGCGCAGUGGUUGGGAGUCUGCCUGCCGAUGCAGGGGACGUGGGUUUGUGCCCCGGUCCGGGAGGAUCCCACAUGCCGUGGAGUGGCUGGGCCCGUGAGCCAUGGCCGCUGGGCCUGAGUGUCCAGAGCCUGUGCUCUGCAACGGGAGAGGCCACAACAGUGAGAGGCCCAUGUACUGCAAAAUGAAAAAAAAAAAAGAAAAAAAAAAAAAACUUCCUAUGUUAGACACAGAAAAGGGCAAAGAUGCAAAGACAAAGGAGACUCCAGACUCAUGGUCCUCUAGAUGGGGAAGCAGGAGGACAUGACUCCCAUAAAAAAGGAGAGGUUGAGAGUUUACUGUUUACUGAUCACGUACUGGGGCUGGUUCCGUGCUCAGUGCUCUACAGAGAUUAUCUCUAAUUCUCCCAACCCUGCAAAGUAGGGAUCAUUCCCAUUUUAUAUAAUUAGACACUGAGGCUCAGAGAGGUUGUGACUUGCCUGAGGCACUGCUCUUAAGUGACAUUUCUGGAAUUUGAAACCAGAUAUUCUAGCCCUGAUGAUGCCUGCAUUUUUCCACGACAUCAUGCUUCUAGAAGGUUUAAGCCAAGGUUGACCUUCAGUAGGCAGAUGAGAUGGGAGAGCAGCCUCGUCAGCGGGAAGAGACUGCUUGGAGGCAUGAGGGAGAGGGUAGGAAGGGCAAACAAACCAGAAAGGCUGAAACACGAGGUUGGGGUGAGGGGUGGGAUGUAUUAUAACAGGAAACAGAACUGGAAAGAAAGUUUAGCUCCAAAUUAAGGAAGGCUUAGACUUUCAUAAUCAGGAGUUUGUCUCGGAGAAGUGAAACCAUCUGGCUUCCAUUUAAGAGGCUAAUUUAGUGGCAGUGUGGAGGUGAAAUAAAGAGAAGGGGGGACACUGGGGACGGGAAAGUGGACAGCCCAGCUAGAUGCCCAUCGCGGUCACAGAGGAGAGGAGAGGAAGACAAGAACAUUGAGAGCCAUUUUUAAGACAAAAGGCUGAGAAAGGAAGAACUCGAAGGUGCUCAAGAUUUUGAGUCUGCAUGGCAGGCGGGAUUGGAAUGAACUGAGAAGGUGGACAUGGGAGGGGCAGGUUGGGAAGGGGCUAGAACCUCUGGACCCUGCUUCUGGAAUGCUGGGUCUGAAUGUGUUUAUAGCUCUUUUCAGACUGUUCCGUUAUCUGCAGAGUUUGAGGCAUUGAGGACCCUCUGGAGGCAUCUGCUGGUUUCUGCUCAAGGAGACUCAUUUCCUCACAUGAUUUGUCAUUUUUUAUUGUGAGCUCAUCUUCAGUAGGAUUUGUUUUUCCUGUGUGACUCCCGUGUGCUCUGGGUUAUGACAGUUUUUACACAGAGUGGUUUCACAUUAGCAUCUACCAGGAUCCUGGAGGUUUCAAUUGUUUUAGACCAAAUAUUAUGUCAGUUUCUCUGCUUGGGGCUCACGGACCUCACAGGUAGUAGGAAUUUGAACUCUGUGCUCAUUCAUGGCACAGGCCCCAAGGAUUCGGUUUCUGACAGGCAACUGUUUUUCUUUGCACUCCCAAGAUAGACCGUUUGCUUUGGCAUGCCUGGCUGAGCUGGCGGGCAGAAUUUUCCAAUCCCCUUUUAAGAAAGGGGUGCCACUUCAAUGCUCUUGCUUUUCUGCUGAGCUCAGAUCAAAAUUUUCUCUCCUCCAAGCAAGAGUGGGGCCACAUCUCCUGUUCCCGUACAGGUGCUAUGACCGCAGCCUGGUCCCUAGAGCCUAAAUUGGGCUCCUCUAAGAUCCCCCUGGACUCCAGGCUUCACUCAACUGCUUCAGCUGUGGUUUCCCUCUUCAACUGGUUUCUGCCACUGGAGGAUUUCCUUUAUUUAUUUUUUUGCUCAAGGGCAGCCUACAUUAAAACAAUUAUUUUUGAUUAUAGUUUACCCAACACUUAUGACUCCAUAGUAGAAAAGGGUCCAUCUGCCAUGUCACUAGGCGUCUGCCAGGGUCCCUGGGAAAGGCUGAGCCCACAGAGGUGGCCAGAGAGAGCAGACACAGGGCCCAGAGCCAGUGCCGGAGAAGAGGUGAGGAUGCUCCAUGGCACACAGGCAGUGGCCUGGCUUUGCCCUCUCCAGUUCUUUCAUCCUUCCUUCUCCCAUUCCAGUAAUGUUGGCUCUGGAAGGAGGGUGAAAUCCCAUCCUCUUUCAGAAACUUCCCCGAAGACCAUGGGGUAGCUGGCCUUGCCUGCUGGGAGCAAGAGUGGCAACAGGACAAAGCUGGUCCGUAGAACUGGGAAUUCCACUCCCAUGGCCACUGCCAACUGAAGGGGAGGGCAGUCAGGGGCCAGUAGCCUCAGCCCUUGCCUCCCCACCCAAGGCAAGCCAGAGCCUGCCAGGGACAUGGUGGGGGCAGACGGAGGGGCUUCCCUCCUGCUCUUCUGCUCAGAGAGAAACAUACACAUAUGUACGUAUACAGGUACUUAUAUCACAGAGCUACAGCACAGGGAAGCUUAGGAAGAAACAAACCGUGCCUUCUGUUUUGUUUUUUAAAAGGUGCUCUCCUUAUGAGAGGGGUAUUUUGCGUGUUCCAACUCACCCACACCUUUCAGGUCCAUCAGCCUCCCGUUAACCCAUGAGCGGGAGUGAGGAGGUGCGCGAGCAGAUGUGGCUGAAAAGCACGAAUCUAUUUCCUCCUUAUAUAUAAAGGAAUCCGGUUUUCUUCUCCACAAACACUGUAUAGAGUGAGAUUUGUUCCACGUUGGAGAGCUGAUUACCCCUUUGAAUGUGGGCUGAGUUUCUCCCUUUCUGACUCAUUGAUUCUGAAGAUGUUUCUCCCUCCCCUCUUGGAUAGAAGCAAUCCUUUGGUGAAAGUAAGAAUUGCAGGAGUUGGGUUUUAGUUUGGUCCUGCUGAGUUUUGGGUUUCAGCUGUCCAUCCUCACAGAUUUCCACACUCACCUCCUCCCGCUGGGGCUGGGGGCAGCUGUGUUCUUUAAAGUGGGCCAGGCCCCCAUCCUCAGCACGUGGUGAGCUGGGACCUUGCCUUCCUUCUCGUUCUCCAGGUUCUUUUUUUUAACUAAUUAAUUAAUUUAUUUUUGGCUGCAUUGGGUCUUCAUUGCUGCGUGCGGGCUUUCUCUAGUUGCAGCGAGCAGGGGCUGCUCUUCAUUGCGGAGCGUGGGCUUCUCAUUGCGGUGGCUUCUCUUGUCGCGGAGCAUGGGCUCUAGGCGUGCACGGGCUUCAGUAGUUGUGGCACAUGGGUGCAGUAGCUGUGGCUCCCAGGCUCUAGAGCACAGGCUCAGUAGUUGUGGCGCAUGGGCUUCGUUGCUCUGCGGCAUGUGGGAUCUUCCCGGACCAGGGAUCGAACCCAUGUCCCCAGCACUGGCAGGCGGACUCCCAACCACUGCGCCACCAGGGAAGUGUCCGUCCUCCAGGCAGAUUUCAGAAUGCACGACACCUCAAGCGUCCUGGCUGCAACCUCAGGUGGUAAGGUGAGGUCACCUCACAAAAGACUCGUACUUUCCCCAGAACCCACCUGAUGCAACUCAACACCAGUGGGGUACUGCUCCCUUCCAGAAGCCCCAGCCCUGAAGACGGACAGAGGCCAGGCAGUCGAGCAAUGAGAUUGUCCAGGCUGUGCCUCUUGCCGCAGAGCCUGGGUCAAGGUGGGAGAGUCCCUGAGUGAGCGGGAGGUGGGGAUCCCAUUCCUGCCAUUUCUUGGGCCUGAAAGGGCAAAUACAGAUGAAAAAUAAGAGGCUUAGCUCUCCCUGUUGAAAAUAAGGGAAGAUACUUCUCCUUCCUCCCUCUUUUUAGAGCAUUCACUUGAGAAAACUGGUAACUCUAAGUUCUUUUCUCUGUCUCUUUGAAAGGUAUGUAAAUUUAAAAAAAAACUAACUCAGACUCCUGCCAGCUUUAGGACUGUCUUUCUCAAGGACGAGGGGGCCAUCCCUUUGAAAUGCCAUCAUCAAGGGAGGUAGGGCCCCUCUCCCAUCUCUGUGGGAGGGUGGGAGCCUUGCUCCCUGUUGCAAAACUACCUCCUGUCAUAAAGAUAGGAGAAGCUGGUUUUUCUUUAGGUUAAAGCCAAUUAGGUAACACAGAUGGUGACCCCAAUUACCAGGCAAAUCCAGGAUGAACUUGGUGUGACAAAUGGCACCUUCAUGUCCUGCGAGGUGAGGACUGGUUAUUACUGUGUAGGUAAGGGCCUGUGUCUGCCUGCCUGUACAAAAGGCUGAGAUUCCUCUCUGUCUUUGCAGUCUCUUAGCUGAUUGCCUGUGAUGCACAUCGCAUUCUGGUUUGAUGCUUAUUCAAUAAUAAAACUGUUUUCUUUCUCUCCUACCUUUGUGGAGAAGGUUUGCUGGGUUGGCAGAUU